AUGGAUGUUGAUCCUAGUAAUUCUAACAAAGACCCGUCGAUCAUUACUAUAGAAAAAGUAAAAGAACACAUUGCACUUGUUCCAUAUGGUGAGCUUAUUGGAGGAAAAAGUCUAAAAACUACCAAAAUUAAAAAGGCGCUACAAACCUAUAAUAUCCAGUAUAACAAACAACUUCCAGUUACCCCGUUGGGAAAGCAAGGGGCGAAGGUAUCAUUUUUGGACAAAGAAAAAUUUGACCAAUUUCUUAAAAUAGAACUUGUUAUUCAAGAGCAAAAAGAAGAUGAUUCGGGUGAAGUGUUUAAUGUGAAACUUCAACCUACCCCAUUAAAGCCUGAAAAGGUGGCUACUACAAAUGACAAGGAUAGUGAUAUGUCACAAAAUUCCAAUAAUCGUACAAUUCAAGUGAUUGAUAUUCCUGCGUUUAGACAGGUACGCGAAAUUCGUGAGUCCUUUGAAGAUCUUGGCGAAAUUGAGAAGAUUUAUACGAGAGGUGCUGGUCUUUACCAAGUUGCUUUUAUUACGUAUAAGGAUGCUACUUCUAUUGAUUACUUUAAAGAGCAAUGGAGUUAUCAUAUUAACAAAGACAUAGUUAGAGUUUUACCAUUGUUAUUGAGCAAAGAGGAACGCGAGCAAAGGAAACAAUUCUCGUUAAGAUUAUCUGGGUUACAUUAUCAAACUAGUGGUUAUGAUCUCAAGGAAGUUAUGACACAAUGUAAAGGGAAAACUUGUUUUAUCCCAGCUGUUAUGAUUCGUGGUAAAUAUCAAAGAUAUCGCUAUGCUUACAUUCAUUUUUCUUCGCGAGAUGAUUUGGUGGCAGACAGACAAAUGAAUAUUGAAUUCAAAAAGGGCAACGCUGGUACUCGACAAUUAUACUAG